AUGGCAAUGGAGCAGCUGGGAGCCUCCACAAUGCUGGUGCUAUUGCUCGCCUUCAUCUACCUCGUCCUCCGGCUCAGGCGCAAGACCAGCAAGCCGCACACGCUCCCGCUCCCGCCGGGCCCUGCGCCGUGGCCGGUGGUUGGCAGCUUGCCGGAGAUGAUGCUCAACAAGCCCGCGUUCCGGUGGAUCCACCGGAUGAUGGAGGAGAUGGGCACCGACAUCACCUGCGUCCGCCUCGGCGGCGUCCACGUCGUCGCCAUCACCUGCCCCACCAUCGCCCGCGAGGUGCUCAGGAAGCAGGACGCCACCUUCGCCUCCCGCCCGCUAACCUUCGCUUCCGCCGCCUUCAGCCGCGGAUACAAGAACGCCGUGUUGUCGCCGUUUGGGGACCAGUGGAGGAAGAUGCGGCGGGUGCUCACCUCCGAGAUCAUCUGCCCCUCCCGCCACCGAUGGCUCCACGACCGCCGCGCCGACGAGGCCGAUAACCUCACCAACUACGUCUACAACCUCGCCACCGCCGCGAAGGGGUCAUCGUCAGGCAGUGGCGCGGUGGACGUGAGGCACGUCGCGAGGCACUACUGCGGCAAUGUCAUCCGCCGGCUCCUAUUCGGCAGGCGAUACUUCGGUGAGCCCGGACGCCGCGAUGGCGGGCCCGGGCCCUUGGAGGUAGAGCACAUGGACGCCUUGUUCACCUCCCUCGGGCUCCUCUACGCCUUCUGCGUCUCCGACUACCUUCCCUGGCUGCGCGGCUUCGACCUCGACGGCCAUGAGAAGAUGGUCAAGGAGGCCAACGCAACCCUGAACCGGCUGCACGACGCCGUCAUCGACGAGCGAUGGGGGCAGUGGAAGUCCGGCGAGAAGAAGGAGCUUGAUGACUUCCUGGACGUGCUCAUCACGCUCAAAGACGCCGAGGGGAAGCCGCUGCUCACCAUCGAGGAGAUCAAAGACAUAACCUUUGCAGCCGUUGAUAACCCAUCAAACGCGGUGGAGUGGGCCCUUGCAGAGAUGGCAAACGCGCCGGAGGUGAUGGCGAAGGCGAUGGAGGAGAUGGACCGCGUGGUGGGCUGGGAGCGGCUGAUGCAGGAGUCAGAUAUCCCCCAACUCAGCUACAUUAAGGCGUGCAUCCGAGAAACAUUCCGGCUGCACCCUGUUGCACCUUUCAACGUGCCGCAUGUCGCACUCGCCGACACCAACGUUGCCGAUUACCACAUACCCAAGGGAAGCCAUGUCAUCCUCAGUCGCACUGGACUCGGCAGGAACCCAACCAUCUGGGAUGAGCCGCUCCGCUUCAUACCAGAGCGCCACAUUAAUAUGACCACGGAUGAUGUGGCACUCACAGAGAACGAGCUGAGGUUCAUCUCUUUCAGCACCGGCCGUCGUGGGUGCGUGGCGACAUCGCUUGGGACGGCAAUGUGCAUGAUGCUCUUCGGCAGGCUUCUGCAAGGGUUCACUUGGAGCAAGCCAGUUGGAUUGGCGGCUAUAGAUCUCAGCGAGUCAGAUCAUGAUGUGUUCCUGGCCAAGCCAUUGAUGAUGUAUGCUCAGCCGCGUCUGCCGGUGCACCUCUACCAUGCCGCAGCCAUCUAA